UCCAAGAGUUCCUCUGGAAGUUCCUCCAGUAGUUCCUCUGGAAGUUCCUCCAGGAGUUCCUCUGGAAGUUCCUCCAGGAGUUCCUCUGGAAGUUCCUCCGGUAGUUCCUCCAGGAGUUCCUCUGGAAGUUCCUCCAGGAGUUCCUCUGGAAGUUCCUCCAGGAGUUCCUCUGGAAGUUCCUCCAGGAGUUCCUCUGGAAGUUCCUCCAGGAGUUCCUCUGGGAGUUCCUCUGGAAGUUCCUCCAGGAGUUCCUCUGGAAGUUUCUCCAAGAGUUCCUCUGGAAGUUCCUCCAGGAGUUCCUCUGGAAGUUCCUCCAGGAGUUCCUCUGGAAGUUCCUCCAGGAGUUCCUCUGGAAGUUCCUCCAGGAGUUCCUCUGGAAGUUCCUCCAGGAGUUCCUCUGGAAGUUCCUCCAGGAGUUCCUCUGGAAGUUCCUCCAGGAAUUCCUCCGAAAGUUCCUCCAGGAGUUCCUCUGGAAGUUCCUCCAGGAGUUCCUCUGGAAGUUCCUCCAGGGGUUCCUCUGGAAGUUCCUCCAGGAAUUCCUCCGAAAGUUCCUCCAGGAAUUCCUCCGGACUGUACGAAGAACGACUGGAUGGUGGUAGGUUCGUACUGAUUUUCAUCGCUAUUCGCAUGCUGCGGGAAAUCUGUUUGCAAUCCGCAAAGAAGGCCGCUAGUCGUAGCCCAUCCAUACGUCUGGAACCGUCGAGUCGCACGGGUGCCACUUACGAUGAGGCGACGGCGCGGGGACCAGCCAUUCCGGAUCCGUGA